CGGAGGCGGAGGAACAGAGUGCGCACGCGCAGUAUAUCUAGUCGCGCGAGUUAGGAGGGGGUGGAGAAAAAGGCGCAGACUCUGUUGUUUUCUUACUCAGUUUGGGUCGCGCGGCCUCUAGUUUUGGUCUCGCGCGGGUUAGUGGAGACGCGAGAGAAUAAGGGAAGAGCAGGGUUACGCGCGCACAGGGAGAAGGGGCGGGGAGGAAGAAGGAAAAAGGGAGGGGGUGUAGGCCCCCUCUUCUCCCUCGUUAGCUUAAUCGGGGGAGGGGGAAGAGAUGAUCGAGAUGGCAGCUGAAAAGGAGCCGUUCCUCGUGCCGGCCCCGCCGCCGCCACUCCUCAAAGCUGAUUCCAGUGGUAGGGAUGACACUCUGGUGCAGCCACACCGAGAGGCCUCCUCUGGGGAGCUUUGUGGUGGGACAGCUCAGGGAUCAAGCCCACUUACGCCCACAGUAUCAGGCAGGGAGGGCUUUCUGGCCCCAUCCCUUACUGGGGCUGGCAAGAAUCUGCAGCUAAGGGGCGACCCGAUGGCACAGGGGGAGGCCCGCCAGUCCGAAGCUCAAGGAGAAGCUCCUCCCCCUGACAUAGAGGUGGAGCGAAGGGGAUGGGGCGGGACAGAACUAGGCCCCCCAGCACCCCCUAGACAGCGCAAUGGCUUCCAGCCCCAUAGGCCUCCUGGGGGCGGUGGGAGUAAGAGGAGGAAUAGCUGUAAUGUGGGUGGCUUCAAGCAUCCAGCCUUCAAGAGGCGUAGGCGAGUUAACUCGGACUGUGAUCCAGUUUUGCCCUCCAAUUUUCUCCUGGGAGGCAAUAUCUUCGAUCCUUUGAAUCUGAAUAGCCUCCUGGAUGAGGAGGUAAGUCGAGCACUCAAUGCUGAGACUCCUAAGUCCUCCCCACUGCCAGCUAAGGGGAGGGACCCUGUGGAGAUCCUCAUUCCCAAGGACAUCACUGACCCACUUAGCCUCAAUGCUUGCACUGAUGAGGCCCAAGUGGUUCGUGCCUCACCACUCAAGACUAGUAGAAAGCGACAUCGACAUCGUGGACAGCAUCACCAGCCACAGACUGGCGGACCUGGGGGGAAUGAUCCCACCUCCUCUGCACUUCCAACUUCCACCACUCCUUUGCUGCAUGGAGAAGCCACCCCCCAACAUCUGCAACAAGGACAAAGGUCCCAAGGCCGGGAUGGCCCCCAGCCUUAUGAACUGAACACUGCCAUCAACUGCAGGGAUGAAGUAGUGUCCCCCCUUUUGCCUGCUCCACAGGAACCGCCAGGCACUCGUGCAGCUCCUUCAGCUGCCUCAACUACACCUGCUCCCUUGUCUUCCUCCCGCCACCGGAAACGUCGUAGGACUUCCAGUAAGUCUGAGUCAGGUGCUAGAGCUGGUGGCCAGGGCCCUAAGGAGAAAGUCCGAGCAAGAGGGGGAGGACGCCAUCACGACCACCCUCUGCCUGCAGCUGGUUUCAAGAAACAGCAAAGUAAGUUCCAGUAUGGGAACUAUUGCAAGUACUAUGGCUAUCGAAAUCCAAAUUGUGAGGAUGGGCGGCUUCGGGUCAUGAGGCCUGAAUGGUUCCAGGGACGUGAUGUACUGGACUUAGGCUGCAAUGUAGGCCACCUGACCCUAAGCAUUGCAUGUAAAUGGGGUCCAGCUAGAGUAGUGGGUGUAGACAUCGAUGCUCGCCUCAUACACUCUGCUAGACAGAAUAUCAGACAUUAUCUAUCUGAGGAACUUCGUCUCACACCCCAGCCACCUGAAGGAGUCCAAGGACCAGAAGGUGGUAAGGGGACUGCUACUACCCGAAAGAAGAGCUGCUUCCCAGCCUCGCUGACUGCCAGUCGAGGGCCUAUUGCUGCACCCCAAGUGCCUCUGGAUGGGGCUGAUGCCUCUAUAUUUCCCAACAAUGUUGUCUUCAUCACGGGUAAUUAUGUGUUAGAUCGAGAUGAAUUGGUAGAGGCCCAAGCUCCUGAGUAUGAUGUGGUGCUCUGUCUCAGCCUCACCAAAUGGGUGCAUCUGAACUGGGGUGAUGAGGGAUUGAAGCGAAUGUUCCGAAGAAUCUACCGCCACCUACGACCUGGGGGCAUUCUGGUUUUAGAGCCCCAGCCUUGGUCAUCCUAUGGCAAGAGGAAGACACUCACAGAAACAAUCUACAAGAAUUAUUAUCGAAUUCAACUGAAACCUGAGCAGUUCAGUUCCUAUCUGACAUCACCUGAAGUUGGCUUCUCCAGCUAUGAGCUUGUGGCUACACCCCAUAAUUCUUCCAAAGGUUUCCAGCGUCCUGUCUAUCUGUUCCACAAGGCCAACUCCCCUAACCACUGAGGAGCUCUUCAAGGACAAUGAUCAGAGGCUUCUCUUUUGUUAAUUGAGGACCUGUGGGGGGGUAGGGGUGGGGUGGAGAGAAGUUCUACCCAUGGCUUGCUCCUUUUCCCUGUAUCUAAUUUGUUUUCCUGCCAUUGUCUUUAAGAAGCCUACCAACCUCUAGCACCUAAUCAACAGGCACAAUUGGACUAUAGGUUGUCACCUUUUUCUCCCCACAGCCUAGUAAGCUGGAUGAUAUGGAUCAUGAAUUCAUGAUUUUAAAGGGGAGCUGGGUUUCCGAAUCUCACUUGCUCUGGGCCUUCCCUUUUUGUUUCUUCCUAACCCACCUCUUGGAUUCCUAGCUCCAGUGGGCAUCCUGGCCACGUUUCAGUGGACCAAUAUAGAAUGGGUUAUCACCAGAAGCUGCAGAAGUCCCAUCUAGAUGGUUCUUGUGAUUGGGGGGGGUAAGAGGGGUAGGGUGAAAGCAGCACAAUAAACCUAAUAUUGAAGGCUAAGAUUUGGGUCAAUAUGUCAAUGUGGGGAGCACAACCCUGUCUCUUCUGCAAGUGAUGGUCUAGGCUGAUCUAUUAGAGUGUGUUGAAGGGAUGGGCUUUGAAGAAAUUAGGCUGAAAUCUGUAAAAUAGGGUUUUUAUUGACUAGGAACUCUUUUUCUGCAGUCACAUCCCAGAGCUCUCAUCACAAAGGAAGUGAUGUUCAGUCAUGUUCUCUGCUGAAUCCAUAGCCUUAAAUGUAGCCAUGCAGAAGAGAACAAAACUAAAAUGCUACUUUAGAGGAACCUGGGUAAGGGGGAAGCAAUCUUUAACACUAUUUUCCAUCUUGGUAUUGCUCUUCUCAUCCUGGGAAGGUUCAAACCCUAGAGUAUGGGAGUCACAUUCAAUAAGACAAACUUUUCAAGAGUUGUUCUUAGGUUCUUAUCAGGCUAAGCCUUACUUGAUUACCAACUUUUCCCAAAUCGUCAGAAAAAAGUUCUUAUAACAAACUUUUAUUUCUAUAAAACCCAACAUAAAGGACAGUCCCAAUGUGUAUCUUGCAACACAACAAAAAUAAAAGUGAAGACAAUCCUGUA